AUGGCUGGGGGUAGCAAUAGCACAGAUGCAGCAACCAAGGAGAUGGAGGCAUUGCAUGUUGGGCAAACUCAGGAAACCAAAGCAUCUAGUGUAGAGUCGGAUGCAAUCUCAUCAAAAGAACUCAAGGUUGGAUAUAGUAGUGGUGGGACUCCCGAAGCUCAGUCCUCACCACGAGAACAUGAUGAUGAUGCGCAAGUGGAUGAUCCUUCAGAAGAUGGAGCAGCAGCUUCGGCUGCAAAGAAGAAAAAGAAGAAAAGCAUGGCCAAAAAGAAGAAGAACCCUCUUCAGCAGACAGAUCCUCCGUCAGUCCCUGUUGAUGAGCUUUUCCCUUCAGGAGAUUUUCCGGAGGGUGAAAUCCAGCAAUACAAGGAUGAUAAUUUAUAUAGAACAACUAGUGAAGAAAAGAGAGAAAUGGAACGACUACAAAAACCAAUGUAUAAUUCUAUUCGUCGGGCCGCAGAAGUUCAUCGACAGGUGCGUAAAUACAUGAGGAGCAUUGUGAUGCCUGGAAUGCUAAUGGUUGAACUAUGCGAAACUUUGGAAAACUUGGUUCGGAAACUUAUCAAGGAGAACGGACUACAAGCGGGUAUUGCCUUUCCAACAGGAUGCUCCUUAAAUUGGGUUGCAGCUCACUGGACUCCAAAUUCUGGUGAUAAAACUGUACUACAAUAUGAUGAUGUGAUGAAGCUGGAUUUUGGGACACAUAUAGAUGGGCACAUAGUUGAUUCUGCAUUUACUGUCGCCUUUAAUCCCAUGUUUAAUCCGUUGCUUCAGGCAACGAGAGAUGCCACAAAUACUGGAAUCAAGGAAGCUGGAAUAGAUGCACGGCUUUGUGAUGUCGGUGUUGCAAUCCAAGAAGUCAUGGAGUCAUAUGAGGUUGAAAUUAAUGGGAAAGUUUUCCAAGUAAAAAGUGUACGAAACCUCAAUGGACAUGGCAUUGGACCAUACCAAAUCCAUUAUGGGAAAUCAGUUCCAAUUGUAAAAGGCGGAGAGCAAACAAAAAUGGAGGAGGGUGAAUUUUAUGCCAUUGAAACUUUUGGGUCCACAGGAAAGGGAUUUGUGAGGGAGGACCUGGAAUGCAGUCAUUACAUGAAGAACUUUGAUGUUGGCCAUGUGCCAUUGAGGGUAGCAAAAGCUAGGCAGCUACUCACGACAAUCAACAACAACUUUGGAACCCUUACAUUUUGCCGCCGAUACUUGGACCGCAUUGGUGAGACCAAAUAUCUAAUGGCACUGAAAAAUCUCUGUGAUGCUGGCAUUGUGCAGCCGUACCCUCCAGUGUGUGAUGUGAGGGGAAGCUAUGUGUCACAAUUUGAACACACCAUUUUGCUUCGACCAACCUGUAAAGAAGUCAUAUCCAGAGGCGACGACUAUUGAUUGGCGCUGCAUCUCUGCUUUGAAUAUGUGCCCCGCGG